AUGGCUUCCGAUAACGAAAAGCCGUGUCGCAAGAAAGUAGUUAAGAGACCACGAAAGCGACGGGCCACCGUCUACGAUGCCGUCAAACGCAGAGUCGCCAAAACCGGUCUGAUCGACCACAUCCAUGAUCCCAAGGCAUCCAGAAAACCACUACGUCCAGAUGAGGUCCUCUUCAAGCGAAAGAAUGCGCCCAUGCGAUACGAGGAAGAUGAUUACUACCCUGCACACGCCAAGUUGCCUGCAGACCAAAAGCUUCCGAGUGGAGAUCUAGCAGACGCAAUGAAAAGCUACGUUUCGACACUAUGGGCCAAAACGGAGCGACCCGGCCUCAUGCGAAGGACUUGGAGAGGCAUGGAUGAAACUGCGCUCAUUGCCCUGAGUAUCUUGAUGGAAGAGACGGCGCGUGGUGUGCUAGGUGAGACUGGAGAUUUAGCUUUCACCGAAGCAGCUGAGGAAGAUGAGGCGCAAGUCCUUGCUCGUCAAAAAGAUUGGACUCGGGGUGGUAAGAAAGAGGGAGCUAUUGGCAGGGCCAAGAAGCAAGCUCAAGCCAGUAAACUGAAGCAGCGCGCGAAGGAAAAGGCAAAGGAUCGCCUAGAAACAGUAAACGUCACGAUAUUGGUGGCAUGUUCAAAGGCGGUGCUGCGAUCAAAGCGUGCUUUCCUCGAGCCCUGGAAGAACUCGUUCGCUACGAAGGCACAAUUAAGAGUUUUACAAUCUCACUGCUACACGCGCUCCAUCACAGUCGUCUCUUCUCGCAUAUCCUCCUUACUUCACCUUUUUUACAAGAUCAUCUGUCGUUUCAAUCGAGCAAAUAUGGCACCGAAAACCCAGCCCAACCCGCGGAAAGCGGCUUCUAUCCUUGCCUGGUUCCACAAGACGGCACAGGCUCACAGCAUCAAGGACCUCGAGAAGACACUACCACAAGUCUCCUCCAUCAACGGCAUGCAAGUCAAGGAUUACCUCCAAGCACUUUCAGACGACAACAAGAUUCGUGUUGAGAAGAUUGGCAGCGGUAACUGGUACUGGAGCUUUCCUGCCGACGAAAAGAAAGCCAAAGACGCUGCUCUCAAGAAAGCCCAAGAGGAGUUCGACAAGGCAAACGCUACUGUGAACCAACUCCAGGCGAAAGUGGAUGAUGCAGGUGCAGCUCGCACUGAAGACGAGGAUAUGCUCAUGGAAACAGGUGGCGAUCGUAAGACACUGAUUACGAAGCAUGCCGACCUCACCAGAGACCUCGAGAAGCUCAGAACUGAGCUAGCCGCAUACAGUGAGCAAGACCCCGUCGAGAUGGAGAAGAAGGCCGCCGAAACUGAACAGGCUCAUCUUGACGCCGAGAAGUUUACCGAUCAAAUACUCGUCAUGCAGGGCUGGAUCAAUCAGCAACACUUUGGUGGCAGCGGAGGGCCAGACUUCAAGGACAUGCUCAAGUCGCUCUACCACGAUGAGUACGAUGAGGAUGAGGAAGGUUUACGCGAGCUGUGA